ACAGUGGAAUUAGUCUAACUGCAGUUGAUACAUUUUGUCAAAUGAUCAAUCUUUUAAUUUAUACUAAGACUAAUAUUAUCAGUAGAGAAAGCAGUCUACAUUUAUGCAUAUGUAUUUGAUGGUUUUAAAAAUUAUUUCCCUAGGAAACAUAACUUUUGAAACAAUGAUGGAAAUUCUCCGAGAUAAACCAAGUGGCAUUAAUAUGGAGGGAGAAUUCCUGACCACUGCAAGCAUGGUUUCUGUUUUGCCUCAAGACUCCAGCCUUCCUUGCAUUCACUUCUUUACAGGGACACCUGAUCCUGAGAGAUCUAUUUUUAAGCCUUUCAUAUUUGUGCCACAUAUUUCACAACUGUUGGAUACCAGUUCACCAACAUUUGAACUUGAAGAUCCAGUCAAAAAGAAGACACACUUUAAGCCUGACAGAAGACACCCUCUGUACCAAAAACAUCAACAGGCAUUGGAAGUAGGAGAUCAUAAUAAGGAAAAGGCCAAAACAAUGCUGGACAACAUGAGGAAGCUGGAGAAAGAACUAUUAAAAAAGAUGGAAUCAAUCCUUCAAAACAAGCAUCUUGAUGUGGAUGAAAUUGUUAAUCUUUUUCCUCAAUGUACAAAAGAUGAAAUUAGAAUUUAUAAGUCAAAUAUUAGUUCUUAGUGAUCAUAUAAAUGAUCAGCGAUCUUCCUCAAAGUCAGAGUUGAUUGCCUUGAUAAAUGAUAUAUACCUAAUCUGAUUAUUCUUUGGUAGCACUCAAGCAAGAUCAUGACUAUUGAAACUACAUAUAGUUUUAACAAAAUACUGAGAAAGAAAACAACAUUGGAAUUGGAUACAUUUAUCAUGGAAUAACAGGUGUUACUUAAAGUGAUGAACUUGCGUUAUUUUCUUUA